GUUGCAGCGGCACCUGCGGCCUGUGAACAUGCAGCCAUUCAAGGCGUUUGCUGCGGCAGCUGUGUCGGCGUUGGUCUGUCUGAUUGUGCUAACUCAGGUAUUCGCUCCUCAUUCUCAGCACGUCGAGCUCAAGGGCCGAGACGUGAACAAUCUUCUAUCAGAAGGGCUGCGGGUGUUGAAGAAGUUGAAGCAGAGCAGUGGCGCAGGAGCAGAGUCAAAGUUCAACGUAGAGCUCCAAGGAUUGUUGCACGACAAGAUCAGUGCAGCCCCAGUGCCCAUCAAAAGUGCAGGGCAGCCACCUCAUAGCGAUGAAUAUUUCAACUUCGACUACUAUCCACCUCACUUCCAGCUCCACAAGAAGCAACAGGACUUGACAAGAAGACUGAUGACGAGGAAUCAGCUCCACAAGGCCUUGGGGAUGCGAAGGAUUGAAGGCCAUGGAAGCCUCGAUGGGAUGUCAGACGAAAGAGUUCCGUUCUUCAGAGCAGAUCUGCCACAGGUCAGGCUCGCUCGCUCGCUGACUGGGCAGCCUCAGCACAAGAAGCUCAAGGGGGUGAAGCAACCUUCCAAACUGUCCAACCUCUGGCACCUGUACGUGAAUCAGAGCACCGGGUUGCCAGUCUUUGUGAACUCUAAGACGGGUCAAGUCUCCAACGAGCUCCCGACGGAGAUGCGGCAUAGCAUACUGAUGGUAGACGACGCUGCUGAGUCGGACCAUGGCA